AUGACUUGGCAUCCCAGCACCACAGCCCAGCUGGCAGGGUUUACCCUCCUGCUCCUUGGUUGGGUCUUAUCCUGUGUCACAACAUACGUGCCUCUGUGGAAGCAACGCAACUUGGACCUCAACCAGAUCGAGACCUGGAACGUGGGACUUUGGCAGGUCUGCGUGGUUUGGAAUGGGGACGUCAUGGAGUGCAGAAGCAACAACUCUUUCCUCGCCCUGCCUUUGGCCACCCAGGUCUCCAGGGUCAUCAUGGUGGCCUCCAACGCCAUGGGACUUCUUGCUGCCAUCCUUUCCAUCUGGGGCUCAGACUGGAUGAAGACGGGAGGCCGAAAACAAGGACUCUUAGUCAGUGGUGGCAUUGUCUCAUGCCUUUCUGGAAUGACGACACUUGCACCCGUUUCAUGGACCGCUUACAACAUUGUGCAAGAAUUUUGGGAUGAGACGGUGCCAGAUAUUGUCCCGAGGUGGGAUUUGGGUGAUGCGUUGUUCUUGGGCUGGUUUGCUGGUUUCUUCCUCAUCUCCGGUGGCUUUCUUCUUCUCUGCUCCGGCCGCUUCCUAAUGAGCAGGAUGCCCUCAAGGCAGCUUCCUGUCCACCAGAAGCUCAGGGCACAAAGGUCACCAAAUCAUUACCAGAAUUCGUCACCGAAGAAUGAAUACCUUGUCAUCUAA